GGGAGCGAGCCAAGUCCGGGAUCACCCAGGGUCGGUCGAGUGAGUCGCUCUUUCCCCAGGAGCAGCCCCUCCCGAGCGCGGGCACCUCACUGACUGACCUCCCGUCCACCGGAGCCCCCCAUGGACAGCUCGGAGGGGGCGAGCCCGCCGCAGAAAGGGCUCAGGAUGAGAAUCGGCCGCGUCUUCCAACGCAGCAAGUCGGCGGGUGACCAGGAGGGGGACCAGGAAACCCCUGGAGCCGGCGGCAGCGGCUGCAGUCAGGAGCCGGGCUGCCCUCCUGUCUCCCAAGUUGGCGGCGGGAGGAGGAGGAGGAGAAGUUGGGGUAGCUGGAGACGGAAGAAAAAGUCCAACGAGCCUUCGGUGCUAUCGACACCUCUGCUAGCCCCGCCGAGAAGCGACACAUCUCUCAAAACCAAUGACUGGAUGCUAGCUGAGGGAGUCAAGCAGAAUUCUGAAGUGGUAAACAACUAUGCCCACGCUACAGACAUUGUUCAAAAUACAAAGCUGGAAUCCCAAAGUCCUACAAGUCUGAAAAGUCCAACUGGAAAAUCUGCAAAGUUUCGUUUUCCAGGCCUCCAAAAGGCAGAAGAGGGCAAAAAGAAUCAGGUGCUGGACUAUCUGGAAGGAUUGUUUGGCUCCACUAGAAGAAAGAAUUCAAAAAAUGCAUCGCCAGCAUCUUUAAGCCAAAGCAAUUCCCUGGAGGAAGCUCCUCCCACAAGAAGCAACUUAAAUCAUACAGAGGAGACCACAACUGCAGGGGAAUCUCCUGAUUCAGCAACAUCAUCAAUUUGGCAAGACCACGGGAGUGAAGGAGUGACAGAGGCUAAAGAAGCAGUCCAAGAUCCAGCAGAGAUAUUAUUUGACUCCCCAGAAGUAAAGGACCUGUUACCAGCAGGUGGUAGUCCAGAGAAGUCAUCUCUGAGUUUACCCCCCAAAAUUGGGACAGCAAAUAAAAAUACCAUAAUAGUUGAUGUCAACCUGCAGAAAAUCAACAGUGAAAAACAAGCUGGACCUGAGUGUGCUGGAGAGCAAUUAGCUCCAAAUUAUGUCAGUAGUAAGCCAGAAAACGAAAUUGAAGGCAAUGUGUCAAAUGUAUGUGGAAGCACGUUGGUAAAUAAGGAGGAUACUUCAUUAUCUGAAAUCUGUGCAGAUGCAAGUUUGCUCUCAGAUGACAGAAGUGUUAAGGAAUGUGGGAUUGGUGAACUUGAUACACACUCUGAAAACAUAUCCCAGGUCACAAGACAACUAAAAGACACUCAAUUUGUAAAUAGUGACAGGCUCGCUGAAGGUGUAUGUGAUUGUGAAACCAUUGCUAACUGUACAGAUAUUCCAGCUAUAAAGGAAUGUGUUUUACCAAUUUCUGAGACUCUGAGGGUUGAACAGGUAGCUGAAAUUAUUGAAAUUGAUGUGCAUCCUCCCAAAAUUCAAGGAAAUUCAAAUAUAACCUUGUCAGAAGCAUCUGUUUCAUUACCCAUUAACAAUAUUAAUGUGAAACUGAACGUUUUAGAAAAAACUUUGAAAAAUGCAGAAACUGUUCAGUUGAACCAUUCUGUGCCUCAAGGAUUUAAACAUGAAACUGCAAAUUACAAUAUUCCUCAAAAAGUAUUGUGUGAUUCUACUUUGAAAAAGCAACAGAAUUCAUCCAAGAAUGACACAGUUACACUAGAUACUAAAAAAAGCCAAGCAGGGAUUGUUCCUCACAUUGGUGAAGGUGCAGAAACCUUACAUGACAAUGAACAAUUAGCAACAGGUAACCUGUUUAGAGAAAAUCAGAACGGUGUGGUGGAACCAGAAACAAAUAUUGAUAAAACAGUUUACGGCUCUCUUAAUGGCACAAUAAAUUUGAACAACACAACUGAAAAGUCAACUGCUUUGUUUUCAGAGUCUAUUGAAAUGGAUAAAAAAUCUCCUACAGAAACCAAACGAGGUAAAAGAAAGGGAAAGAAAAGAAGAUCUCUGAAAUCUGAUCAGCAGUCUGAUAAAGGUACUGGAAGUGCAGAUACCAGUACAUUUGAAGAGGAAGCGAAAGGAAUAGAUUCCAAUAAUCCCAACAAACAGUCCUCUGAUGCUUCCGCUAACGCCUCCUCUUCACCAAAGCAAAGUACUCCUUCUUUGGUUUCUCAUCAACCACCACCAAAAUCUUUUCCAACAAGUGGAGAAUCUGCACAAGACAUAACUAAGCUAGCUACAUCAAGGAAAAAGAACUCAAAACAGGUGCCUUGCAAUCCAGCUUCAGAUAACAAAGUCAAGUCUCCAGUAAAAGUUUCUUUGGAGAAGGCCCCAAAUACAGACAGUGGAUUCUGUGGUUCUGAAAAUGUCAUAUCAACAAGCAGCAUUCCUUCACAAUAUGGUCAAAAAGUUGAAAAACCUAUUGCUCCAGAAAACUCUGAUACUAACUUUGUUAUUGCAGAUAAUAGAGCUGUUGAAGGUUCUGCAAGUAAUGAGGAUUUCAUAUUUUCUUUACAAAGAGCAAAUACCAAUGAACUAGGGGAAGGAUUGGUUACUUUAAACUCUGCAGAUCAAAACAAUGCAAUUGCUUCAGUUAGCCAAAUAGGUAAUCAGCAAAACAUGGGAAGCUCUAGUUUGGCUGAGCACAAAGACAGUGCUGACCUGGGAAUAUUGAAAACUCCGGAAGUUAAUGACUUGGAAGGAACAAGUAUCAACCAUAAUACAAUUACCUCACAACUAUGUUCCACAGUCACUACCAGAAUAAGACUUCCGGCAACUGGAAAAGAAGAUAAAUCUGGCAAUUUGAACACUAUUAACCAACAAGGAGCCUGCACUGAAACUAGAACAGAGGAGGAAGAAACCAUUCGAAUUACUCUUCCUAAGAAACAAAAAGCUACAAGUCACCACCAAGUCGACUUUCUUGCCACCAAGGAUCUGCCUUUAGCUUCAACUGAGAGCAAAAAAUAUGUUGGUAGCCUAAAGAUACAACUAAACAAUAAAUCUGACAAAGAAGCAGAUGACAGUGCAACUAAUAUUGGCCAAAGUAAGUCACAGCCUCCUAAACAUCCUGAAGCAUCUGAUGGUCUCCAUGUAGAGGUGAGGCAGAAAGAAGGUAAAAUAUCAAAGGCGAUCUGUGUGAAUGAUAGUGACACAAAGCACAAAUCUGCAGAAGACCACGGAAACAAAGAAAUGAAUACCACAAGUGCCCCUAUUGAAAAGAGACUUUUAGAAAUGGUUCCCAAUGCACAAACUGAUAGAGCAGAUGACAGUGGCUCACCUGGAGUGGUCUCUUCAGAAUCAUGUGCAAACCCUGGUAUGAAUGAUCAAUCAUUUUCUAUGGAUAGGCUUACUUCUGGACUAUGUUCACAAAAAGUUGAUGCCCCCAAACAAGGUGCAGAAGAACACACGGCUGACCUUAUUGCCGCCACCCAUGACAUUGCCCUAUCCAUACCAUUGACUGGAGCUGAAUUGCAAAGUAGAGAAGUCAAAGUAAAGACUUUGUUACCAUUAAAUGUCCUGAUUUAUGAAACCAUAGAAUCUGAAAUUGAGAGUGUUUCCCCCAAUGAGCAAAAGACCAUCCAAGGCAAGGCAAAAAGUGAGCAUGUCCAGCCAGUUCAGCAAAGCUCACCCAUGGUAAACAAACAUGACAUUAACACAAUGCCACCACAUAAAGUUCAAACAUCUUCAACUCCGGUGCAUGAUAUCAAAGACAUGAAUGUGGUCCAAAAGUAUACAGCAGGUGAUGUAAUAGUUGAAACUACACAACAAAUUCCACCAAAACCUCAAUCUGGAGGGAUAAAUGAUGUAACUUCACUUGAAAGCACACAAAUAUCUGAAACUAUGGUUGAUGUUGAGAAAGAAGUGUCUGCAAAGAGUAAUGGCAAAAUGACAUCUGACUCAGGGGCAAUAAAGGGUGAGAUUGCUCAGAAUAUUUUGCCAUUGUUGCAAAAUAAAGAUUCCAAAACACAGAAUGUGCUUCCUCAGCCUGAACCAACACUUAAAAAGAUUGCAUCGCAUGAAAUUAAGACAGACAUCCUUUCAAAUAUUGGUAGUAACAUCGAGUUGGUUUCAAAUGAAGCAAAAGUGGAGAUUGACCUAACUUUACAACAGAACACGUCUCUACUACAAAGUAAUGACAGUGCACUAAAAGUGACAAUAGCACCAGAGGCUGAAGUUAAUAACAAAGUAUCUGCAAAAAGUUGUAAUGAAUUGAAUACUUUGACCAGUGAUGACUUCAUCCCACCUAUGCAAAAAAGGAUGGUUGGUAUGCAAGAUGGAGAGAGCAAAAUAAAAGACAUAGAAGUUGGUUAUUUAGAGACCUUUCCCAUAGCAUCGGAAGUGAGGAAUGUUGUCACAGAAAGUAGUGCUAAUGACAUAAACACUGGUUCCACUGCAACAGGAGUGCUUUCCCUGCCUGUAGAGCAACACACAUCUGUAUUGGAAGAUAGAAACUUUGAAAUAAGAGAGGAAGUCUUGACCCAGAGCCGAGAAACAGCUGAGAGCGCUGGGUCCAAAAUGAGUAAGAAUUCUUCUAUAAUUGAGCAAAAGCCUAGUUCAGAGACUGCAAUAAAUAAUUUUGGUCUACCUAUAUUAUCAAGCACACCUAAAGUGCAGCAUAAAGAGAUGGAACCAAGGAGAGCAGUAUCAUCUUCAAAUGUAGAGGCAUCAGCAGGAAACCUAUCCAGAGCAGAAGAUGCCCAAUCAGCAAACUUCAUUGAAAAACAUUCUCAGCUAGAUGCAGCAACAAAUGAAUCUUCUCUGUCUGUCCAGAAUGUAGAAGAAUCACAACCCCAGGAGGUUAUUGUUCAGACGCCUUCUAUAGUUGAAGAUAUGUGGAACACUCAAGCAACUGUCAAAACAAAUGUAGACCUGACUGCAUCAGCAAAUGGCUUUGCAUCAUCAGUAGAGCAAACAACCUCCAAAUCUGAGGAGGAAAGAGGAUUUAAUUUUUCAUUCAGUGAAGGAAGUAGUUUAGACAGCUCUUCUGAUAUGGAUAGCUUUACAGAAACAAUUCGGAAAUAUGGCAAUCCCAUUCAAUUGCCUCAAAAGAGGCAACGAGUUCCUAAAGUGCCUUCACUGCCACCAUUCGCUAUGCCACCAAUCCAAGAAGACCAUAUAUCACCAAAAAAGGAGAAAAAAUUUGAUCCAAGUUCAUUCAAAUUUGGUUUAAUGAAAAAUAAACAUAAAAGUGAUCCACCUUCCUCUCUCUUCAAAAUGCACCAAAUUGAAACAAAGUCCAAAGUAGUCAAACGUGUAUCUGCAGAACAGAGCUUGCUUUUUAAAUCUCUUGCAAAUAAAAGCUCACGUUUGAGUUUACCAAAACAGCAAAAGGCAGAAAGUGAUCUUGCUUCUGAAUCAAGCAGUAAAAGAUCACGUUUAGAGAUUGAUGAGGUAACUGCUCAAAAUUGCAAGCCAUCAACUGAACAUGUGUUAGAAUCUGCUGAUCUCACACCAUCAUUAUCAAAAAAUAAUGUUAUUCAAGAAUUUCAAUUUGAUUCGUCAAAUUCAACUUUUCCUGAAACCCAGUUGCCAAGCUUUAUGGAAAACUAUUUGAAAUCUAACCUUUCUGAGAUAGAAAAGAAACCGACUGAGUCAGAACAACAAACAGAAAAUGGAUUAACUAUCCUUGACUUAAAACAAAAUUUCUUGGAAAAUAGUUCAGAUGUUACAAACACAUGUACAAUUGACAGUACAUUUGCAUUACAAGGAUCAAGCAUGAUAGAUGGCAAUCAAAAUGCCUCAAGUAUAUUUGGUACAGACAUAUUCACUCCCAAGUCAGUAUUGACUAAUCUUCCAGAAGUUGGGAUACCCGGAAGAAGAGAGUCGUCGUUAAAUUCUAGACCUGGAAAGAUUGUCAUCUAUAAUCAGCGCAGUGUAAAUGGAGAAGCUAUUGAAGUCUUCCAUGAUGUUGAAGAUGCUACCUCUUGGCAGCUCCCCUCUGAAAUUUCCAUUCGGGUAGUAAGAGGCUGUUGGAUCCUUUAUCAAAAGCCUAACUUUGAAGGUGAUAAAAUUGCAUUGGAAGAAGGUUUCUUAAAUCUUACAGAUAUUUGGGGAAAGGAGUUGGCUGAAGACGCAUGUGAUGAUACAUUAACAUCUACCCCUAAUGAAUGUUCGAUUGGCUCUUUAAGAAGAAUAGUCAAGAAGUGGGGUUUACCAGAAAUAGAUUUAUGCACAGAACUAGAUGGUCUGGGAAGGAAAACAACAUACAUUGAUGACAUGGAAGAAGUAGAAACAUAUGGGAUUGUGGAGCCAACAUUAUCUAUUGAAGUAUAUUCGGGCACUUGGAUUCUAUUUGAAGAGCCUUUCUAUCAAGGAAAUUCUUACAUUGUGGAACCUGGUCAAUAUCCUUCUCCAGAAUCUUGGCAUGCAGUGAAUCCAUUCAUCAGCUCACUCAAACCAUUGAAAAUGGGCCCAUUGCAAGUGGAAAAGCUUAAUGACAACAGAGUUAUUGUGUAUGAAAAGCCUUUCUUUGAAGGCAAACAGCUGGAACUCAAAACAGAUGUAUUCAGCUUUGUUGAAGGAGUUGAAGAAUCAGCUUUGUGCCACACUUAUCCAUUCACAAACGUUGGCUCGAUGAAAGUUUUAGGAGGAUUUUGGGUUGGUUAUGAGAAGCCUGGAUUUCAAGGCCAUCAAUAUGUUUUAGAAGAAGGCGAGUACCAAUCAUGGAAUGAAUGGGGAGGCUACAAUGAACACCUUCAAUCUUUGCGCUUUAUCCAGAUCUUUGCCUUUCCGCUUAACUACGCUUUGACAGCAUACUUGGACAAAGAAUCAGAGAACAUGUCCUCUCCUGUCAUGAUAAUGUAUCGUGAAGCAAAUUUCUCUGAGAAAGUUGGAAAUAUUGAAGUAGUGGGACCCAUCCCAGAUUUGCAUGAUACUGAUUAUGGGUUGAGGACAGAAUCUAUAAAUGUGCUGAGUGGAAUCUGGGUUGCGUAUGAGAAUACUGACUAUACAGGCGAACAGUAUGUUCUGGAAAAAGGACUGUACAGUAGCUUUGAAGAUUGGGGAGCGAUAAAUUCCAAAAUCUCCUCCGUUCAACCUGUUUUCUUGGAUUUGGAGGACAAUGAACUUUCUAAGUUCAAGGUGCAAUUUUUUACGGACCCUGAAUUUCAAGGAAAUGCACAGACAUUUGACAUGAACACAGCCCAAUUUCCAGAUGGUUUCUCACCCAAGUCCUGCAAAGUUCAAUCUGGCAGCUGGGUGGCUUAUGACGCUGAGAAUUUCACUGGUAACCAAUAUGUACUCGAGGAGGAAACUUAUCCUGAUUUGAUCAUGAUGGGAUGUACAAAGGGUGACUGUAUAAAAUCUGUGAAGAGGGUAGAUUUUUGCUUCUCCAUUCCAGGGAUAAUUCUCUUUGCACGGGAGAAAUUUCAAGGAAAGAAAAUUGAAUUGGUUUCAGAAAUGCAGAAUCUGGCAUUGCAAGGAUACAAUAAUCACAUUUUUUCUGUCAAAGUUAAUGGUGGCACAUGGGUGGUUUAUGAACGCAGCAACUAUCAAGGACGUCAAAUUUUGCUACAGCCCUGUCAGAUACCCAACUGGCAUCAACACACUGGAUGGCACAGGAUUGGUUCUCUACGUCCUUUGCCUCAGAGACGAGUGUAUUUUAGGAUACGAAACCGAGGUACUGGAACAUUCAUGACGUUUACUGGAGACUUGAAUGAAAUCCACAUGGUACGCGUGCAAGCUUUGGACAGCACAGGAAUGGAUGACCAAAUGUGGUUCUAUCAGGACGGAUUUAUCAAAACCAAGAUGGCAGACGAUUGCUGCAUGGAUGUGAUUGGAAACUUUCUCGGUCCAAGUUCAAGGUUAGGAAUCUCGAUACAGGACAGCAAAGACGUUCAUAUCUGGAACAUCAGUUCAGAUGGAGUCAUACGGAGUGGAAUAAGGACUGAUCUAGUUAUUGAUAUAAAAGGCGGUCAACAUUACGACCAGAAUCAAACCAUUCUCAGCAGACUUGAUGAAGUUCAACAAACACAAAGAUGGGAUCUGGAAAUCCUUUGAUUCAUUCCAAGCAGAAACAGGAAAUCAAAAUAUUUGAGGCACUUUUGAAAUAUUGUAAACCUCUUCAUUUUACUACUGGAAGUGCAAUGUUUCACUUCUAAGUGAAUUCCAGGCAUAGUAAAUUGGAAUUCAGGGCAAGACUGGUAGAAAGGUCAUCUCAAUUAAAUGUUUAUUUCUAAGCAAGUACUGCUCACUAUGCAACAUAACCAGAUCUGAUGUAGAGUCUUAGGUCUUUAUCAUUUUUCAAGAUUAGUUCAUAUAUUGGCAGCAGGGCCUGGUUGUUGUUGUUUCAGUAUUGAAUGUAAAUGCUUUGAAAUCCUCCUUUAGAUUAAAAGAAACAGAUAUUUAUACUUGACAAAUAUUGUGCUCACUCUACAGUUUUAUUGAACAUCAGAAGGCUUGUUUAUUAUUUGGGUUUAAUGUCCUCUAUUUUUUAGUGAUGCAGCACAUUAGAAUUGUUGAAAUAUGUCAUAUUCGAUUCCAUUCAUUUCAAAGGAGUUUUUCACACAGUGGUCAAAUAAGAUUGAAUAUCAAUCACUUUGAAUGCCAUAAUUAACAUAAAUGGUAGCAUCUACAUUUCAGAGUAUUGUAUAUUUUGCUAUUCUUGGUUGGAAGGUCAGAAGAUAAAAUGUUGGUAAACAGGUUACUGUUUCAUUGCACCAUGACGUCCUUGGCAGAUGAGCUGAAUUACUUCAUGUAGCAAGCACUAUGCUGCUGUCUUCCAAUUUGUUCAAAACAUUAAAGUACAAAACAUUUAGUUGGACAAUUGUGCUCUCAGCUUUUGAAUCAAUUAACAAGUCAAUUCAUUUUAGUUUCAAUUUAAGAACUAUCCUUUAAAAUGGUGUUGCUCCCAGAUGGAGUUCCUGAUUUUAAUUUAGAGUUUUGAAUUACUGCCAAUAUGUGUAGUGUUUGCAUUAGGAACACAAAAAUUUAAAAGCAAAACAUUCCAAAGAACUACCUGACAACAGGUCUAAUUGAAAACAAUGGUAGCAUUGGUGUUAGAUCACUUCUGCUUGUGUCACACACUGAGACAUCUUACUGGCAGGGCAGGAUUGUUUUCUGUUGGGGAAUCAGGAGAUGUUUAUAAACAGCUGUUUUGUUUGAUAAUUGUGUCAAGGAUUGUAAUCUGCAUCGGUUGUAGCAAUUUGUAAUUUGAGAACUUUUUUAACCUUUUAAUUGAUCACGCUAAGUACACAGAACUUCUAAUGUCUAUCAGAUGCUUUAAUGGCAGUUUGAGGUAAUGGGAAUAACUUGAGAACUGUACCAGUAUGGUGGUAUAGUUUUAAUCUGAGAUUUAAUGCUGUCUAACUUUACCUAUGUUACCCCGAUUCCUUGCUUUCACCAGCUGAACUAUUGUUACACUAGCGCUUGACAAUUGUUUUCAUGGACAGUGUUUUAUUACCCCUUUUACUAUCUACAACAGCUGAACUACUGUAUUCGUUCAAGGUACUGAAUCAUGUAUAUGUAACAACUUUAAAUAAAAUGUACAACGUUUCGAGUUAA